AUGAAGGGACGCUUGAGAUCAAAGGUAUGGUGGCCCCGUAUCGAUAAAGACGUAGAACAAUUAGUAAAGACCUGUAAAGGUUGUACGUUAGUGGGUUUGCCACACCCAACUGCACUAAUGAAGAGACGAGAGUUGCCUGCAGUUCCAUGGAUAGAUGUCAUAAUGGAUCUAAUGCCAAGUAACGAGUAUCUGUUAGUAGUGGUCGACUACUAUAGUCGAUACAAAGAAGUAAAAAAUUACAAAAACAUCACAAGCUUACAGAUUAUUAAAAUGGUAAAAGAAAUGUUCAGUAGACUUGGUUAUCCUAUUUCUAUCACCGCAGACAAUGGCAUGCAGUUCGUUAGUGAAGAGUUUCGAUCUGUCUGCAAAGAAUGUAAUAUUAAGUUAUUUAGUACUGUACCAUAUUGGUCUCAAAUGAUCGGCGAAAUUGAAAGACAAAACAGAGAUAUUUUGAAACGUCUUCGUAUCAGCCAGAUCGUGAGGAAGGAUUUAAAAGAAUGUUUGUGGGAGUAUCUUCUAAUGUAUAACAGCACCCCUCCUUACAGUUACCGGGAGGUUACCGUCUGA